AUGAAGUUACUGGCGUUUCUUUUAUUGAUGCCAGUGUGCUUAGCACAUUUCAAUGUGUACCUGAGCAGUGCAGAAGUCUGGAGACUAUUAGGUUUAACAGCAGAGCUGUAUUAUGUCCGGGAUGGCCAAAUAAACUCAUACGCGCUUAAUUUCGUGGUGCCAGUGCCUGCGACCAUUGGGGAACUUCAUUUUACGUGGCAGAGUCUUACGAGGAGACCCUUACCGUACAAACUUCGAGUGGAUGUCGUCUCGCACCCUGAAGCAUUACACCCUCCCACAUUCAGUAUACCUAUCACGGGCUUUGUGCCAACCGAACCACAGACAUGGCAAGUUGAUCUUCCGUGCACGCACACAGUGGCAGCAGAGGUCGACGUCACGAUUUCCAUGAACAUCUCCUCCGGUUCUUCCUCAACUGCUCUGCAUUUUAGAAGACGUAAGAUAUGCCUGAAAGAUUCCCCACGGCCAGCUGUAAGAGUGGACAACGCGCCCCACGCUCCGACGUCAGCGGAUAUAUUCUACGCAGGCGCCGGUUGCGCUGGUGGCCUAUUGAUAAUAGCGGCUGUAUCUGCGGCAGCCUGUAGAGCACGCGCAAGGAAACUUCGCAGAGCGAGAAGCGACGAACAAGAUGCCCACGCCUUCCUACCAGACUCAUCGUGCAAGUCCGCGGCGAGCUACACCAGCUAUCGUCGGCCCACCUCAUUGCCCGCUGUAGCCGCUGAGGAAAGAGCGAGAGAUCUUCAACAGAGGAUUGCGGAGCUAACGAUACAAAGAUGUCGAGUGAGGCUACGAUCCGUGGCUAUGGAAGGCACCUUUGGACGUGUGUAUCGAGGUACUUACGCGGACGAAGAUGGAAGGGAACAGGAGGUGUUAGUCAAGACUGUAGCUGAACAUGCAUCACAAGUGCAGGUCUCACUUCUCUUACAAGAAGGCUGUAUGCUAUACGGAUUACACCAUGAGAGGCUUCUGUCCGUACUCGGUGUGAGUAUCGAAGACCAGACCGCUCCGUUCCUGUUAUAUCCGUGGGGUUCCGGCUGGAGGAAUCUCAAACAGUUCCUAUUAGCAUGUCGAGGUGUCACUAUAGGAGGGGCCACGGGUGGCGCGCCGCCUCCUGCAUUAACCACUCAGCACGUGGUUAGAAUGGCGCUGCACGCUUUGGACGGACUUUCCUAUUUACACUCACAACACGUACUGCAUAAGGACAUCUCUGCCAGGAAUUGCGUGGUUGACGAGAAUCUGCGAGUAAUGAUAGCUGACAACGCGUUGUCCAGAGACCUUUUUCCAGCAGACUACCACUGUUUGGGUGACAACGAAAACCGGCCAAUUAAAUGGUUGGCCCUCGAAGCUCUUUCGAAAAAGCAAUUUAGUCCUGCAUCAGAUGUUUGGGCCCUGGGUGUACUCCUGUGGGAACUUACGACCUUGGCACACCAGCCUUACGCGGAAAUAGAUCCCUUUGAGGUCGCCGCGUACUUGAGAGAUGGAUAUCGGUUACAACAACCGGCGAAUUGUCCGGACGAAUUAUUCGCGGUCAUGGCCUACUGCUGGGCGAUGUCUCCGGACGACAGACCAACGUUACCUCAACUACAGAUCUUCCUGAGAGACUUCCACACGCAACUGACAAGAUUUGUGUAG